AUGACGAAGCGGCUCUUCCUGGACACGGUGCGGCACAUCUUGCGCGAGCUCUUCGAGCCGCUGGACGAAGCGUCCGUCGACGUCUCGGUGCUUGGCGAUCUAUUCGACGAGAGCCACCUGCGCUUUGAGUAUCUCUUUGUGAAGCUCGACGUCUUUAACGCUCUUCCAUGGCCGUUCAAGGUUCAAACGGCGUACAUUGGCCAGGUGCACGUCCAGGGCAUGCUGGGGGCUGUGGCGGGUGCCCCCAUGACGCUUCGGGUGCGUGAUGUGCACAUUGUCCUGAGCGCCAAAGACGUCGACUGGACUGACGUUGACGGCCUCCGUGUGGCUAAUGAGCUCUACGUGGCGCUCAUGCACCGUCUCUGGAACCGCCACCACAUGGAGGGUAGCGGCGCCAAGAAAACCGAGUCGGUCAAAAUGUGGCUCAAGCGCCGCAUCUACGCGACGCUCGACCACAUGACAAUCAAGGUCGAAAACAUUCACAUACGAAUCGAGGUGCCGUCGCCGCCGCCGACCCUCGAGACGCACGUUUUGGGACUCCUCAUUCCCACGUUUUCGGUGACGUCGUGUGAGUCCGACUGUCACAUCUUGCACCGACGCGACGUGCCCCCGGCGCUGCAUCCGACAACACCUGUCGUCUCCAAGGUCCUCAUGCUGGACCGCAUCACGCUGUACUCGGCCAUUAGCGCAACAGUUCCCGGAAGCUUGUCCUCGGCCCAAUGGCGGGACCAGUUUGCGUAUGUGUGGCCCGCUGAGGCUCGCGAACCCCUUCUGCACCCUGUUCGCGUCCAGAUAAAGGUAGACUGGGCCCAAGAAGCAGACGGUACAGCCAAGUACAAGAUACGCGCCGUCGACAUUGCAAUUAGCCAUCUUGACGUGACGCUGAAGCCGGCGCAGGUCGCACUGCUCUUGCAGCUAUGUUCGCACGUCGACACGUUCCAGCGAUACGUGCGGUACCAACGCCUCAAGCCGUACGGCCCCGAUCGACGCCCGUCGCUAUUGUCGCUACCGGCGUUUGUGUUUUUGCCGCACUGGACGCCGCCAGCUUCACAAGACAUCAAAACGCACCACAAACUAUCCGCGAGAGCGCGCUGGCAGUUUGCCUUGCGCUGCGUGCUUGCCGACUUGUACCCGCGCCGUGACACGCUCUGGCUGAGCCCGGUUAUUCUCAUGUACACAGACCUGUAUAAGCGCCAGGCAUCGCCAGCUUACGUCGCGCAUAUCACGAAGAGUUUGGUAGAAGACGGCAAAGCGAACACGCUCCCCAAGUAUGAGCCCUUGUCGCCACACGAGGCCGAUAUGCUCUCCGACUACAUCUACAAGAUUGCGUUGGACCACCAGUUGCUGUGCCGUGCCGUGUGCGAUCGUGUCAUCCGACAAGACUUUUCCCGCUUGAACGAUGCGCCGCACGCACCGCUUCUCAAGCGCCGGAGCCUCCUUCGCCUCGGCAGUGCACAGGACCUCACGAGUGCGCGCGGGUGGAAGUCGCUCUCGAAUGUCGAAGAUUUUCUCUUUGGCCAAGCUGCGCUCGGCGUGCAUGUACCCCGGGUCAAGGCGCGCGAUGAGCCACCGCAUCCCGUGCCGGCCUUCUUCCGCGUGCCCCGGCCUAUGCUGCACUUUGCGGUCGCCUCCAUGCGAGUGAGCAUCCAGGACGAGACGCAAUCAGACGUGUGGGUCGCAACGACAGGAUCCAUUGCCGCCGUGAGCAUUGUCGCGGCAGAAUACGUCCUCCUCGAGCUUCGGCUUGGUAAGCUUGGCCUCUCGAUUUCGUCAAGCCGGGGCACCCUCCCCCUGCCCGUUGCAAGCAUUGCGUACAUCCACGACGAGGCCGAUGGCUGCAUCUACAUUGGAGUGCGUUACGACCCAUGCUCGGUGCAUGACGGCUUUGGCGACUAA